AUGGGAGUAUUUUAUGAUUCUUUUAAAAGAAAUAGUAAGAACGUCUGUGUAUCUGACAGCUUCCCCUCUCUGCAACCGCGGACUAGCCGCACCGCACCUCAGCUCUCGUGGUUUGCACUCCCGGUGGUCCAGCCUUCACGCCAUUUUGUUCACGAGCUCACCACGAGCCAGCUCCGGUCAACUUGCACCGUCCCGUCGCCGGCAAAUUCGAGCCCGCACCUCAGCUCUCGUGGUUCGCACUCCCGGUGGUCCAGCCUUCACGCUAUUUCGUUCACCAGCUCACCACGAGCCCAGCUCCCGUCAACUUGCACCGUCCCGUCGCCGGCAAAUUCGAGCCCAGCCACCGGCGACCUCGAUUCUCGUCAUUCCUGUCGACUCCAGUUCCUUCCCGCGACCUCUUUCACGCCGGGAAACUCAUCGAGCCGUGCGCGAGGCAGCAUAAUCUCAAGCAGGAGACCUAUCUUACCUCGUGAGGUUUCAUACCUUGAUGUUAUUUUGCAACCCAGAGAACUCUGUUCUAAACAUAUCAUGCUGAGAUUUAGAGUAUCAGACGCCUACUUUGUUGCCUUUAAAUCAUUUGACCAGAACUGGACUCAAGUCUUAUCUUCAAAGUCCGACAAGCUAACCAAUUUUCCAGAAUCUGCAAAAAUUCUGGAUAUUCUAGCCAAUUAUACCAAGCUUUUUGAAAAGGUAGGAGAAUUUUCAAUAAGCACUCAGGGAUUACAGGAGGCUGCAUAUUGUUUGGGCAAGAACGAUGCAAGUCACAGCAAUUACGCAAAAGCCAUAUUGCAGGUUUUAUCAUAUUUUCCAGAAGCAAUUCGAUUUGCCCUGUUCGAAAAAAUUUGCGGUAAAUCAUUCGAAUAUGUUCCGCAUGUGUACGGACCGGAGCUGAAAUUGCUUGCAAAGAGCUGGUACAAACUAUCACUACUUUAUGCAAGUGAUCUAGCUGAUGAUUACGCGCCAAAGAUCUUAGCAUCGCGUGAGAUCAUGGUUGACGGUAAGCCGAUAAGAACCCUUGGGGAGGUUCGGAAACAAAUUGGAAUGUUACAUUCCAAAUCCGACUUGUCUGAUGAGAGGCGUUCUUUUUUCAGCAAUGAAAGGAGAAUGCUGCGCCACAUUGAGCGAGUUCCCUACACAAAAGAGAUGCUGGACUUGGAGCUGGAUUGUUGGUGCGAAGAUUCCAGCAAAUCUGAGGAUGGAACGGAGGAGCCAAAGAAUGUAGACGAGAAAGAGAGAGAGAGCACGAAAAUGGCGGAUACGGAGACGUUUGCAUUCCAGGCCGAGAUCAACCAGCUCUUGAGUCUCAUAAUCAACACCUUCUACAGCAACAAGGAGAUCUUUCUUCGUGAAUUGAUCAGCAAUUCAUCUGAUGCAUUAGACAAGAUCCGGUUUGAGAGCUUGACAGACAAGAGCAAGCUCGAUGCUCAACCCGAGCUAUUCAUCCAUAUCAUCCCCGACAAGACCAACAACACUCUGUCCAUUAUCGACAGUGGGAUUGGCAUGACCAAGGCUGACCUGGUGAACAAUCUUGGCACAAUUGCUCGGUCCGGGACCAAGGAGUUUAUGGAGGCUCUGGCUGCAGGUGCUGAUGUCAGCAUGAUUGGACAAUUUGGGGUCGGCUUCUACUCGGCCUACCUUGUGGCAGAGAAGGUGAUUGUCACGACAAAGCACAACGAUGAUGAGCAGUACGUUUGGGAGUCUCAGGCGGGAGGCUCGUUCACUGUGACCCGUGACACCUCCGGCGAACCACUUGGCCGGGGCACGAAGAUCACCCUCCAUCUGAAGGAGGACCAGCUUGAGUACCUUGAAGAGCGCCGCCUCAAGGACCUCGUCAAGAAGCACUCUGAAUUCAUCAGCUACCCCAUUUCCCUUUGGGUUGAGAAGACAACCGAGAAGGAAAUCUCGGAUGACGAGGAUGAGGAUGAGGAGAAGAAGGAUGAGGAGGGAAAAGUCGAGGAGGUGGAUGAGGACAAGGAGAAAUCCGAGAAGAAGAAGAAGAAGAUCAAGGAGGUGUCCCAUGAGUGGGAUCUGGUGAAUAAGCAGAAGCCCAUCUGGAUGAGGAAGCCUGAGGAGAUUACCAAGGAGGAGUACUCAGCCUUCUACAAGUCCCUUACCAAUGACUGGGAGGAGCACCUGGCCGUGAAGCAUUUUUCGGUUGAGGGCCAGCUCGAGUUCAAGGCAAUCCUGUUUGUUCCUAAGCGUGCCCCAUUCGACCUGUUUGACACUAAGAAGAAGCCUAACAACAUCAAGUUGUAUGUCCGUCGGGUCUUCAUCAUGGAUAACUGUGAGGAGCUCAUCCCUGAGUAUCUCAGCUUUGUCAAGGGCAUUGUUGACUCUGAAGAUCUACCCCUCAACAUCUCCCGUGAGAUGCUCCAGCAGAACAAGAUCCUCAAGGUGAUCCGCAAGAACCUGGUGAAGAAGUGCAUCGAGCUCUUUUUCGAGAUAGCUGAAAACAAGGAGGACUACAACAAGUUUUACGAGGCCUUCUCGAAGAAUCUGAAGCUCGGCAUCCACGAGGACUCACAGAACAAGUCGAAGAUUGCUGAGCUGCUGAGGUACCACUCGACCAAGAGUGGGGAUGAGAUGACGAGUCUCAAGGAUUACGUGACGAGGAUGAAGGAGGGCCAAAACGACAUUUACUACAUUACGGGCGAGAGCAAGAAAGCAGUCGAGAACUCACCCUUCCUCGAGCGGCUCAAGAAGAAAGGCUACGAGGUUCUCUUCAUGGUGGAUGCUAUUGAUGAAUACGCUGUAGGCCAGCUCAAGGAGUUUGAGGGGAAGAAGCUCGUCUCUGCCACCAAGGAGGGCCUGAAGCUCGACGAGAGUGAAGAUGAAAAGAAGAAAAAGGAAGAGUUGAAGGAGAAGUUUGAAGGGCUAUGCAAGGUGAUCAAGGAUGUUCUUGGCGACAAGGUCGAAAAGGUAAUCGUGUCUGACCGUGUGGUGGAUUCGCCUUGCUGUCUGGUGACUGGGGAGUAUGGCUGGACGGCUAACAUGGAGAGAAUCAUGAAGGCACAGGCCUUAAGGGACUCGAGCAUGGCAGGCUACAUGUCGAGCAAGAAGACGAUGGAGAUUAAUCCGGAGAACUCGAUUAUGGAGGAGCUGAGGAAAAGGGCUGAUGCUGAUAAGAAUGAUAAGUCGGUCAAGGAUUUGGUGCUGCUGCUGUUUGAGACUGCUUUGCUCACGUCUGGCUUCAGCUUGGACGAGCCUAGCACGUUCGGGAAUAGGAUUCAUAGGAUGCUGAAACUUGGGCUGAGCAUUGAUGAAGAUGCUGAGGAGGGUGAUGCGGAUAUGCCGGCAUUGGAGGAGGCUGAUGCGGAUGCUGAGGGAAGCAAGAUGGAGGAGGUUGACUAA